AAAACAAUGAAUACAAACGCAGGGACCGUGGAGCACCGCAGUGGCGAUAAACAGAACAAGGUGGCGAGCCUGCACAUCACUACACGGCCGCACACGCACAUGCGCACAGUAGAGCCUCCCAGUGGCGAUAAACGGAACAAGUUAGCGACCUGCACGUCACAACUCAGCAACACUCACACACGGCGGGCGCACAUGCACCGAAUUACGUUUUUUUUAAAACAUGUAAAUUUACUGCUGCUGCCUGCUGCAGCAUCCAGUGCGUAUUGCACGCUUUAACAAGGUGCAACCCCCGCGCGCACACACGCACGUACACACACACACACGCUGAAGAAAAAGGAUAGAUGCGGCUGGUCCGGAUGUGGUGACGCUCACACGACGGUGGAUGAUUCCAACCACAUCGUCGUCAUGCGAAUGCAAUGACUGGAAGGUCUCUCGAGAUGGUAAUUUCGAGACUACAUGAGCCCCCGCAGGCAUUACGAGGACCUGUUCAAGACACAACAGAGCGCAUUGGAUUGUCGCAUUUAUCCUGCACAAUAGCCAAGACAGAGCAACCUGUCGUGGACGACUCCGUGUAGAAACAUCUGCUUCGCUCGGAUUCCAGCUGCAAGUCAAAUCCUCAAGGAAAGAGUAAUGUCAUCGGCACCCGUUCACAGGAUCCUACGACCUCUUUUUUUGGGCACCUUCAUCCUGGGGUGCUUCGUGACUCUCUUUUUGAUGUAUUUUAAGCCGUCCACCAGCUGGCUGUCGGGUUCCGUGGAGUCCAACGUGUCCAGCGAGCGCCUCAAGGGCGUCUUCUACGCCAAGGGCGACCGCAACCUGACCACCGUGCUCAUCUGGUUCUGGCCCUUCGGUCAGACGUACGACCUGAACGUGUGCCCCUCACUGUUCAACAUCGACGGCUGUUUCGUCACGGCCGACCGGAACCUCUACAACAAAUCGGACGGCGUCCUCAUCCACCACCGCGACAUCUGCUCCAACUUGUCCAACCUGCCGCCGCUUCAGCGUCCGUCCUUCCAGAAGUGGAUCUGGUGGAACCUGGAGUCGCCGUCGCACUCUUCCCAGCUGGCAGGCAUCGAGAACAUCUUCAACCUGACGCUUAACUACCGGCGCGACGCCGACAUCGAAGUGCCUUACGGCUCUUUGCUAGCAACGGAGGGCGCGGGCGACUUUGUCCCGCCCAGCAAGAACAAGCUGAUCUGCUGGAUCGUGAGCAACUGGAAUCAGGAGCACGUGCGCGUCAAGUACUACAACGAGUUGUACAAGCACAUCGAGGUGCACGCGUACGGCCAAGCCUUCGGCGAGUACAUCACGGACCAGGACUACUUCCCCACCAUCGCCAGCUGCAAGUUCUACCUGGCGUUUGAGAACUCCAUCCACAAAGACUACAUCACCGAAAAAUUCUACAAUCCGCUGGCCGUGGGCACCGUACCUGUGGUGUUGGGUCCGUCCCGGCAGAACUAUGAGAAUUUCGUCCAGGGGGACGCCUUCAUCCACGUCGAUGAUUUCGCCUCGCCCAAGGAGUUGGCCGAUUACCUGCUGUUCCUGGACAAGAACGAGGAGAUGUACCUCCGAUACUUUCAGUGGCGGCGGCACUUUAAGGUGAAGAUGCCGCUCUUCUGGGCUGAGCACACGUGUCUGGCCUGCGACUACCUGCGCAGGCACAGGGAGUACAAAACGGUCAAGAAUCUGGACAAGUGGUUCUGGGGCUGAGCCGAGUUGUGCCGCCGGGGAAGGCUUGAUGACUUUAAUUCAUUUGCCUCGUCCAAAUCCCUUCCCAAAACUUGCACAUUGUGUUUUUGUCAUGAUUCAGUGACCAAUUCAAUUUGAAAUGGAGCCAGUCUUUGCGAAGCCUUAAAUUUUGUCUUUUCGCUUCUCCCCGCAAAGCGAUGCCCAUCGACACAUUCAACAAUGUUCCUGACGCUUUUUUGGACCUGUGUUGAUUCAGACACCAAAAGUCCGAAUCGCCGUUUCAACACCGCGUGUUUCGCUGGGUUCAGGUGAAAGGCGAAGGACACCCUGAACUGGUCGCCGGCCAAGUCGCUCGGCGCACACAGAGACAAACGACCAUUUCCACACCCACAUCCAAAACGUGACUGAGCUGCUUGCGCAUAAGUCAAGCGAGUGACGCCGACAGCGUGACCUAAAAAUCCAAAUACCCAUGUAAUUAUCUGUUAUGUAACAUCGAAUUCCUAAGGAGUGCUAACAGCGACCCAAUGAGCACUCAACAAAACUUUUUUUGAUGGAAAAUCCUGACAAACGAUCAUUAAACUCUGAUGCCAGGUCGAGGGAGGCUCCCAAAAAUGCCAAAGCUUGCUAUCUGGAAAAGAAAAAGCUGGGCUUUGCAUUUUUGAAGUAUCAUGACACAUCCGUGGUGACCCUAAAAGAGUGCAAAUAAAAUUCCACACAGUUCAUUCAC